GUUCUUUCUUUUUUUUAUGGAGUUUCAUAUAACUUUUUUAUUAUUUACUCACACUUAGCUCAUGAGAAAUAUCGCUUUUUAAGUCUUUCAUUUUCAUUUUUACGUCACUAUAACCAUCACACUUUUGUUUCCGUAAUUGUGUCCCACGUUUUUAUCCUCUUAUUACCAACUACAAAAGGCAAACCUUUUAUAUUUUUACAAAAUCAAUCUCCUAAUUACCAAGCCUACCGAUUACCUUUACCAAUUCACUUGGCUAAUUAAUUAAUAAAUACCCCCCAUAAGAUAGUUCCUAUAGCAUUCAUAUUUUUCCUUCAUCAAACCACCAUGAAAUUGAGUUGCAAUGGUUGUCGCGUUCUUCGUAAAGGAUGCAGUGAAGAUUGCAUCAUCAAGCCUUGCCUUGAGUGGAUUAGUUCUCCUGAAUCUCAAGGCAAUGCUACCCUCUUCCUUGCCAAAUUCUUUGGCCGAACUGGCUUGCUAAACCUUCUUGCCAAUGCUUCUAAUCAAAAUGCCCCGGCUGUUUUUAGAUCACUAUUGUACGAGGCUUCAGGUAGAUUGGUAAAUCCAACAUAUGGAGCACUAGGUUUAUUUUGGAGAGGAGAAUGGAGCCGAUGUGAAGCUGCAGUUGAAGCCGUGCUGACUGGAUCAGACAUUAAUGAUGUUAUAGUUGCUGAUGAAAAUAUAUCAUCAGCUACACCUGUGGCUGAAAAUCACGUCCUUCCAAUUUCAACAACCUAUGAUAUACGCCAUGUGGCAAAAGGCACCAAUAUCGACAUCAAAGAGAAAACUCAAUUCAAGAGAAGUGGACAAGUUUUCAAAACAAAACCACAACUUUCUAUCAACUCGGAAACACUUUUGAAAUCCUUUUUAGAAAAUACUAAUGUGAAAACUAUAGAGACUUCAUUGGUGAAUCAAACUGAACCGAGUGAAGCCAUUGAGACUCAGGUAAACCUAGAGCUCAGCCUCAGUUUCAAUGGAAAAUCGAAUCAAACAAAAGAAAAAAAAUAGAUUUUUAUUUCUUUUUAAGUUAGUUGUUUUUUUUAUAUACAAUGUAAUUUGGAUUUUAUUUAGGAGGUACUUUUUAAUUAGAGAGUGAAAUAAAGUAGGUUGUUUGUUUCUA